UUUAUAGCUCUCUGUCCAAAUUUACGGUCCCAUCAUGCCUCGAGUGCGUUUGGAACCUGUGCCGUUAACCCGAAGGGAAACGUUUGAAUGCAGUGACCAAUGGCAGCCCGGUUCGAUGUGACGUGAAUCAUCCAGCAUGCCAUGACUGCUACAUGUACGUUAUCGGUUGCUGCCGGCUCUGGUACAGUUUCGGCGACGGUGGGAGCCGGUUCUCAACUUUAUCACACUCAGUCAGCGGUUUUGUUCCGGAGUGUCCUCUAGUCCAUCCUGACUUCAGUACGUGGCCUGGAGAUCAGCAGACUAACGGCAUAGGUACCCCGGUAGGAGGUCACAAUUUUGCCGUAGCUUCGGCGGACUUGGCAUGUGAGCUCUUCAACAGCCGUCCCAACUUGAGCAGACAUGGGGACGCUGCGCACAGCUGACCGGCGGGUUGUUCUGAUGAUUUUUGCUCUACUGGUCGGAUGCUUGCACAGGCAAGCGUCCGCAAUGGACAACAUGACGGAACUAAUGGAGACCCUCCUGGGGGAGCAGCCGCAAAAUCUCCGCCCAAACUUUGACGGCCCACCUGUAGAAGUGAUCGCUAACGUCUACAUCAGCAGCAUGGACUCAGUAGAAGAGAAGACAAUGGAUUACACAGUUGGCAUCUACCUGCGGCAGUUCUGGCAGGACCCGCGGCUGGUGUUUGAAGGACUGAACAAAACCAUCAGUCUGGACUCCAACAUCCGGCCUAAGAUCUGGGUGCCGGAUUUGUUCUUCGUGAACGAGAAGGACGGCAAGAUGCACGCCAUCACCACGGCCAACAAGUACAUAAGGAUCCACCCCAAUGGUACCGUUCUCUACAGCAUGCGGCUGUCCCUGAAGCUGUCGUGUUACAUGCACCUGCGCAGCUUUCCUGCUGACAAGCAAUACUGUAAGAUGCAGAUAGAAAGCUACAGCUACACCACACAGGACAUGGUGCUGGGCUGGAUCACCACCAGAGCACCCCUGGAGAUAUCCCGGGAAGUCCACCUGCCUGACUUUGACCUCAGCAUUGCCGAUGUGAAGAGUUGUACAGCAGGGUACUCCACAGGAGAUUUCCCUUGUAUCAAGGCUGACUUCCUGUUGGAGCGCAGGAUCGGCUACUUCCUGAUCCAGAUCUACCUUCCCAGCAUCCUCAUCGUCAUCAUCUCCUGGGUGUCCUUCUGGAUCCACAGCGAGUCUGCGCCUGCCCGAGUAGCCCUGGCCAUCACCACCGUCCUGACACUCACCACACACAGUGCCACUACUACUCGAGCCGCCAUGCCCAGGGUUUCCUACAUAACAGAUAUGGACAUCUGGAUGGCAGCUUGCCAGACCUUUGUGUUUGCAGCCUUGCUGGAGUAUGCCAUUGUCAACCACAUCUCACGCCAGGACAAGCGCUUGAUGAAGAAGCUACGUCACAAAAAGAAAAACGACCCCUGCAGUGGUGAUGCCGGUACAGUCUCUCAGCUGAACGGCCUGCACCUGAGAACCUCCAUAGCUGCACAGUCGGCACAUAGUCAAGGAGACAGCUGCACACCUGAUGUGAACAACUGCGCACCUGUAGAACGCAUGCAAGCAUCUGAAAAGAAAGAUUUUACUCAGUCUACUGGCAACCUGGACCACCCACCCUUGAUGGAGACUCCUUGCACAAAGGCAAUAAAGAACCACCACAGUAUGAGUGCCAUUACCAGUGAAUCACUGACACUGCCAGCUGAGGUUUCAGCAAAUGAUAAGAGUUUGAAGACUGGAACCAUGGAGAAGGAUGAAGAGUAUACACCCAAGACUAUCACCAGUAUCCCAUAUCCAGCCAAAGAUUAUGACGUGCCAGAAAAAGGCAAGGAAACUCGAGUUGAGAUGCUGCACACACCAAAGGAGAAGUCCAGUGACAAGAAAAGCUGUGAGUCUGUCCGUUUCACAUCAGAACUAAGAUUGGAGGCUAAGCGACUGGCAAUACGACGUUCCCAUGCAGUGGACCGCGCCUCUCGAGUCGUCUUCCCCCUAGCCUUCCUUAUAUUCAACCUCUUCUACUGGUUAUACCUUUACCGGAUUCUACAGUGAUGAAAUGACAGAUUUCAGAGUCAGACCUAUGUCACCUGCACUUGCAGUAUGUUAAUGUGGUGUAAUUGUCUUUUGGACAUUUAAGGCCAAUUAUAUAAGGGUCAAUGACAUUAGCUCCUUACUACAAGAUC